AUGAUACGUCUGGCUCGUAGCAGGCAUCCCUCAGUACCUAGCUCCAGAAAUGUAUCAAGUUACCUCUACUUUAACGUUCCCACAACCUCAUUCAUAAAAUCGUCUUCCAACAGCAACAUAACCAAUAGACAAGGAAAAUUCCAUGCAAAGUUCAAAAUCCCCUUGCUAAAGUCGGGGCAAUACCUCGGCCAUUACACUUCAAGACUAAAUAGGGUAUAUAAUGAGGAUGCUUAUAAUGCCCUGGUAAUCACCCUUCCUCCUAACAGCUACAAUUUAAAUAUUGGUGCAUGGAAAAAAAAAUGUUACAUCAACGAUAAUUCAUCAAGUAUAUCAACUACCAGAGAAAAUUUGCAAGUUUUUAAUUUCGGCGUAUACGAUGGACAUGGUGGUAGCUUAAUUUCCAAGUACUUGGCUGCCAACCUCAGUGGGGAAAUCGAGGCAUUCCAGACUGCUAAUCUAGGCCAAGAAUACUUUGAAGAUGUCGUCAGCCGCUAUUAUGAUUUCUUUUAUGAAAAAUCCCAAAAAAAUACAAAAGGAUUGGAAACCAAAGCUGAUGCACCUAAAGGAUCAUAUUGGAACAAAUGGCUACGGUAUAUGCAAAAGAACUACCAGCGACUAUACAAGGAAAACCUCAAUUCCGUAGAUGAUCUAGCUUUACGGCUAUUUUUAGUCUAUCUUCUGCUUGACAUCAAGCUUCUUGAACAUCCAGAACUCCUUGAUCCACGGCUUGAAAAGUUUGACAUUCCUUCGGGAGGAUCCACGGCUACGUCUGUUUUUCUUCAUAAUAUUUUAUCUAAUUCUCCAUCAAACCUUUAUUUUGAUGAUUCAUCUAUUGCGAAACUUAUUGUUGCUCAUUUGGGUGACACAAAAUGUAUUUUAGUGGACAAAUUUGGAAAUUCGCAUGCCCUAACUUCAGAUCACCAUCCAGAUUCUUCAGUUGAGAACAUGAGAUUGACUAAAUUAGCCACCGAGGUUGGUGUCAAUGUUGAUUCAUUUGGUGAAGAAAGAUUUUGGAAUCUCGCUAAUACCAGAGCUUUUGGCGACUUCAAUGUGAAGAACAAAGGAGUGAUUGCUGAGCCAGAUAUCAAAUCCUUCAUAGUUGGAAAUUCCAAUUACAUUGCUAAACAUGCUCCUGAAUUAAAACCGCAAACCAUAGGUGGUAUUGGGGGUGACGAGUGUUUUAUCGUUCUAGUCAGUGAUGGGGUGACAAACUACUGUAAUGAUCAAGAAAUUGCUGAUUUGAUAAUGUCAAACUAUAAUCUUAAAGGUGCAGAGCGUGGCACGCCCCAAAGUGGCGCAGAAGAAGUAGUGCGUUACAUUGAAACAGUUGGUGGUGAUGAUAACGCAACCUGUUUGGUGAUCAGAUUGAAUGGUUGGGGCAAAUGGCCUAUCAUUGAUCGCACAGGGAAAAUGAGGGAGGAAAAGUUGAAUGACGCUGUGUUUGCUAAUAGAAGAAGUGGAAGAGGUUAA